AUGAGAGCUGUUUCAGAGGAAGUGGAAGAGGCUGAUGAAUGGGAUGAAGCUGAUGAAGGGAAUAAAGCUGAUGAAGGGGAUGAAGAUGAUGAUGAUAUGGCUGAAGAUGAAAAUCAUGAUGGGAAGGAGGAUGAUGGGGACGAGGACGAUGGUCUCCGACCGACACAUGGCCAUAAGAAUGCGUGUGAUAAGGUGUUUCCUUGGGCUACCCGAGGAAUAUGUUAUUAUCACCUUCAACUGAACAUUGUCCAAAAGUAUAAAGGGAAGCAUCUCUUGUACUUGGUGAAAGAUGCUGCUUAUGCUCAUACACUUUACGAUUUUGGCCGGUACAUGGGUGAGAUAAGGAGUGCAAACCCAGAACUUGCAACGUACUUGGAGAAUGCCGACGUGACCCUAUGGUCAAGGGUUCAUUGUCAGGGAGACCGGGAAAACAUAAAAACUAGCAACAUCGCUGAAUCUAUUAAUUCCGCACUGAAGCGAGCUAGAGGAUUUCUGAUUCAUUUCCUAUUGGAGUUCAUAAGGGAUAAGCUAUCAAGGUGGUUUUGGAAAAGGAAAGAAGAUGCUUUGAGUCUCACAACUCAACAUAGUCGGGGGGUUGAAUACUUGCUUGCUGUUCGAUCGGAGAUAGCGGAUACAAUGUCUGUCCAAAAAAUUGAUGGAUGGCGAUUCUUUGUGCACGGUGGCAAAAAAGACUGUGUUGUUGAUUUGGAACAUCAAAAGUGUAAUUGCGGUGUCUAUGGUGUCGAGAAAAUACCUUGCUCUCAUGCUAUAGCAGCUGGAUCAUAUGCUGGUUUGCAUAACUCCACACUUGUAUGCCCGGUCUACUCAAAAGAUAUUUUGUUUGCAGGAUACUCAGAGAAUAUAUAUCAUUGUGUUGGACAACAAACUGAGGCACACACACGCUUUCCUCCGGAAGUAAAGCGUGGUCCGGGUAGACAUAAGAAAUCAAAAUGGCAAUCUUGGUUGGAGCUAUCAAAGAUGAGAGGACGCACACCCCGGAAGCAACACAGGGUUUAUAGGUGCUCGGUCUGCAAAGAAACUGGCCAUACGCGUCCACAUUGUAAGAACUGA